AUGAAGAUCUCUAGUAGUACAUGUAGUAGUAGUAGUAGACGUCGACGGAAGAAGAACAGUCUUGUGUUGCUACUGUUGCUGUGUCUUGUGUCUACAAUCCAAGUGGCGACUGGAUGUGGUGUAAUUUUUAGUCGAACAUCCAAGGACGAUGAUGAGAUGGUGAUUCGUCAAGCCGCUGUAGUCUUUGCCAUGGACCAUACUACCAGCGUCCACAUGCACAUUCAACUCUUCUACGAAGGAGCAUCCGCCAAAGACGACGAGUUUGCGUGGAUUCUUCCCAUUCCUGCCAGUGACAACACGCGUGUGUCGCUUGGAACAGAUGUCUUGUUUCACAGUCUCGCCCAAGCGACGCGGCCACGAUUCGAGUUGGAAAUGGAAAUGAACAGCAAGUCGUGUGGGUCGUCGUCGUCAUUGGAACAACAAGAGGCUCAACAGCCCUAUGCUUGUCCCUUUCCAAAAGAUGCCAUGUCGGGAAACACUCCAUCAUCAUCUGCAAAAGACGACACAUACAGUCACACAAGUGGAGAAGAACAAGCAGAGGAAUUCUCGAUUCUAUCUGAAUUUGCCAUUUUGCAAGCUCCCAACAGCAAUACCAAUUCCAGUUCCACCGCUGCUUCUUCCAGUGGCAAGAACACCAACAUCUUGGAGUGGCUGGCACAAAACAACUACAGGACACCUCCCAAAACACAUUCCUUCAUUCACUACUAUGCCCAACAAGGACACCAAUUUGUGGCACUCCGAUUCCAACCAGCCAGCACUACUCGAGGAGAAAUUCAGCCUAUAGUGGUGACAUUUGAAAAAACACCACAAGAACAAUCAGAUCAAUUCGCCGCUCGGUUGCCGAUGCAAUGGGCCAGUCUGGCUGGCACAAACGACAACAAUUAUGACAUUCAAGUGUACUUUCUGGCAAAUGCGAGAGUCACACCUGUCAACUACCUUGAUGUAACUCUGGACGAUGCCCUACACGAUUGGGUGGGUUGCUACCACAAUCCCAGUUGUCACGAGGACAAUUAUCGUCAACGGUUCUCACAAGCAACGGGAGCAACAGGAACAGACAAUCAGACACAAAUGAUGAUUACCGAAUAUGCUGGAAACUCGUCCAUUCUUGACGUGGCGAUUCCCUUGACGGCCAUUGACCUCUACGAGGCUGAAAAUCCUCUCGAAUUUCUACAAAUGCUCGCGCAUGCCAACGUGCCCAGUACUCCUCAUGUCCUAUCCAUCAUCCACCAGUUCCUUCCACCCAUCUUUUCCGAGACGGCUCCACCGUUCUGUCAACAACUCACCACUGUCUAUCAAGAUCAGGGUAACAGUAGCAGUAGUACCAUUAUUCCUGUCGCUCCCUGCUUGGUCAACUACCAUCCCACUCCGGAUUGGAGAUGGGAUCCCAUUGAAUUGGCCAUUCAAUUGGAAGAACACGUCUUUAUCCCAUCCAAGUAUGCCCAAGCUACGCUCCAGGACUAUCCCUACUUGACCAGUCUCUACACACGUGUUUCUUCUUCACGGACAGCAAUGAACGAUGCAUUCUUUGCCUUUACAACACUGGAACAAGAUUCAUCCGUCAGUCCAAUCCAUCGUGCCACCGCCAGUCCACAAUGCCGCAAAUCCGAUGGGACACCCGUGGCGUUGAAGAUUAGUACCCACGACGAUACCAGAACGUCUACCGCCACGGUCCCGGCCACAGUGGGAUGUCACGGAUGGUUCCCCACGAUACCACAACCAUUGGAUCCGCAGGUUGCCACGGCCACGGAAGUGACGGCGUGGGGAGUGCCUCGGACGGGUGCAUGGGUGACCGUGUCUGACUAUACAUACCCUGUUGUGGAGGAUGUGGUUAUUCUGGGCAAUCGGACGACAACGACUACCACCAUUACAACAACCAACUCUACUACCGGGCAGCAGGAUGUGGUGAUUCUGGGCAAUGGGACGACUGCCACCUUAACAACGACAACAACCAGCUCUACUGUAAUCUUGGCUGCUCCAUUAUUGCUAGAGCCCGAACAAUUGCAAGACGAAUACCCGCCGCAACCCAUGCACCAAACUUCGGUCAUUUACAGAGAACCACCACCAGAAAGUGUCAUUGCUAAUUCCACAGAGCAAGAAGAUGACUACCGAGGGCAACAAGUGGAGCAGCCGCCCACCACGAUUCCUCCACGUACCAGUUCACCUUCCACAGAACAACUAGUGACCCUAGUGGACGGCAAAGAUGUGAUAGGUUCCACUUGGCCUUUUUCGUAUGCCAGCACAGAAGUGUCAGGGGCCAUCAAGGCUGAGUGCUUGUGUGAGGUAUUAGUACUUGGGUUGACGCUGGCACCACUACUUUGGUUCUUUUGA